AUGUCAGACCGAUACGACCUUCCACACCCGGUUCAGCCAGACUGGCAAGGUCAGUACUCGUAUCUUCCGCAGCAUGAGACGGGCAUUUUUUCAAAGACCUUCGGAGACAAUCGCGGAUGUACAAAGAACAACUCUCGAAGGACGUAUAUAGCCGGCCAAGGAGGGCAAUCUUGGGUGGAGGAUCGGGCAAAGACGGAGCAAACCUGUCGCGAGCCGCGCGGCACUGACGAUCAACCAAUACUGAAGAAGGAAAGAAGUCACGCGCCAGAAGAACCUCAACACUCCUGCGCGGAGGAGAAACCCGCGAUCGUAGAUCGUGGAGACAGCCUCAUCCCCGCCGACCCCUUUUCAAAACAGUCCGCAUCAAACCACUUCCGCACCGUCUUAUCAAGGGAAGAAGCCUCGGGUACGAGAUCAACACAAAACGGAGCGGACACGAAAGAGGGAAGCAUGGGAGAGGACGGAGAUUUCGAUGGGGAGGAUGACGAGGUAGCGGAAGGUGAUGGCGAUGUUCCUGGACGGCCUCUGACCAUGGCAGAACGACUGGCUGCGCGACGCAAGAUGAAGAGAUUUAGGCUCACGCACCAGCAGACAAGAUUUCUUAUGAGCGAGUUCGCGAAGCAGCCCCACCCCGAUGCCGCUCAUAGGGAGCGCCUAUCGAGAGAAAUUCCUGGUCUGAGCCCUCGACAGGUACAGGUCUGGUUCCAGAACAGGCGCGCCAAAAUCAAAAGGCUCACUGCUGACGAUCGAGACCGAAUGAUGAGAAUGAGAACGGUCCCGGACGACUUUGACAACGUCCAGGCCCUUCACUCCCCGUACGGCGCGGUCCAAACGAUCGUUUGCCCUGCAGCAUCUGGGGAAAGCAUGAACUCGUCGUAUGGGAAUGACGUGCCGAGACCGCUGAUGAUUGACGUUCGGCGAGAAGAGGAUGCCUACCUCUCCCCAACAGGACUGACCCCGUCCUUUGGUGGAAUCGAACUUGGCCAAUCUACUGGAAUGGAAAGCUCGGGCAUGCUUUCGCCGCUGUCGUCCGCUUCCCACGAUAGAUACGUUGCUCAAUCGCGAACUGUGCAUGCUCACGCCGGCCAUCAGGGCAGCUUAGAGAGUAUUGCGAAUGCCGGUCGUGCUGGAUUUCGACAGAGACAGCAGCCGAUGCACUUGCGAGAAUCCAUUUCAAGAUCCAGGACUGACUCGAUACAAUCUCCGCUACGCACAAGCUUGUCGUGGAAGCCAGACUCGCUCGAGUACCCGAUGUAUCAAGGAGAAAACAACGCAAGCCCUUCGAUGAGUGAGCGUCACCAAACCAGUUUCCAGACGAAGCAGCUAGUCACGACAAUGGGCAGUGCGGUCGGGGGAUGUGAGUCGCAGAACUACUCAAGUGGUAGCAAUCAACCAGUCGUCUCGGGACUGGGUUACAUUCAAAUAGAGCAGCCGUCUCAGGGCCGGUCGCGCGCGAGGGCUUCGUCAGCCUCGCUCCCAUUAAACAUUGAUUUUGGAUUUCGAGGCACUUAUAGGCCAGCUGGCUCAGGUCUAACGCCGAGCCCCCCUUCAGGCGAGAGCCGCACGCAAGGAGCAGCGCUGUUGUCGAAGCAGGAUGACACCUCGGGCUAUUCAGUUGGCCACCCGCCAACUCCCCUUUCGGCGCCUCUGAGUCAAACAUCUUUGCGAACGUUCAACAGCAGCCGACUUGGUCCGACGGAUUUUUCGGCUCCCCAGAUGAGCGCCCCGAUCACGGCGCCUAGUGACUUUGGGCGAGUUUUGACCGGAGGUAUGACGAACCAGCCGUCCUCGGCCACAAAGCGGUACUUUGGUGAUGGCCCGAUGGGAUACAGUCCGGGGUAG